AGUUCUCUGCUGAAAGUUAAAACUAUACUGUUAGGUAAAACAUACCUGUUUUUAUUCACACCUCGUGCAUUUGCCUCACAGAAGGUUUGCAAGCUCCAUCUGCUGAUGAGGAAUCAAGGAUUUCUACAAAAUAGAAAUGUACUUUCUUAAGGCCCUCCUUUCUGUUGCCUGGAUUUUCUGUGUACAUUCUGGGUUUGGAUUAUGUUCAGAAGAUGAGACACGACUGGUGAAAACCCUGUUUAAAGGUUAUAACAAAGUGGUGCGUCCAGUUAAUCACUUCAGUGAUCCUGUAGUAGUGACUGUGGGACUGCAGCUUAUCCAACUUAUUAGUGUGGAUGAAGUUAACCAGAUUGUGACCAGUAAUGUCCGACUACGGCAGCAAUGGAAAGAUGUGAACCUGCAGUGGAAUCCAGAUGAUUACGGAGGCAUCAAAAAGAUCAGAAUUCCUUCAGCAGACAUAUGGAAACCUGACUUAGUGCUGUACAACAAUGCCGAUGGUGAUUUUGCCAUCAUUCAUGAAACCAAAGUCCUGCUGGAGCACACAGGCAUGAUAACCUGGAACCCCCCUGCUAUUUAUAAGAGUUACUGUGAGAUCAUAGUCCUUCACUUUCCAUUUGACCUGCAGAACUGCAGCAUGAAACUAGGUACCUGGACAUAUGAUGGUACACUUGUCAUCAUCAACCCAGACAGUGACCGACCAGACCUCAGUAACUUCAUGGAGUCAGGUGAAUGGGUGUUAAAGGACUACAGGAGCUGGAAACAUUGGGUUUACUACACGUGCUGCCCGGACACACCCUAUUUGGACAUCACUUAUCAUUUUCUCAUGCUACGACUUCCCCUUUAUUUUAUUGUCAAUGUCAUCAUUCCCUGCAUGCUGUUUUCUUUCCUCACUGGACUGGUCUUUUACCUUCCUACUGAUUCAGGUGAGAAGAUGACCCUGUCCAUUUCAGUCCUGCUGUCUUUGACCGUCUUCCUACUGGUUAUUGUUGAGCUGAUCCCGUCUACUUCUAGCGCUGUUCCUCUCAUUGGAAAAUACAUGCUGUUCACAAUGGUGUUUGUGAUCGCAUCCAUCAUCAUCACAGUCAUUGUCAUCAACACGCAUCACCGCUCGCCCAGUACACACACCAUGCCCGCAUGGAUACGCAAGGUCUUCAUUGAAACCAUUCCAAACAUGAUGUUUUUCUCAACGAUGAAGCGCCCCAGUCAGGAGAUCACCCAGAAGAGACUGUUCCCUACUGAUAUGGAUAUAUCCGAUAUUUCAGGUAACCCCACACCCGCUAGUGUAACCUACAAGUCUCCUAUGAUGAAGAAUCCUGAUGUCCGCAGUGCCAUUGAAGGGGUGAAGUACAUCGCAGAAACCAUGAAAUCAGAUGAGGAAUCGAACAAUGCGGCAGAGGAAUGGAAGUUUGUGGCCAUGGUGUUGGAUCACAUUUUGCUGUGUGUCUUCAUGGCUGUGUGCAUUAUUGGGACCCUUGCCGUCUUUGCUGGAAGACUUAUUGAGCUUAACAUGUUAUAAAAACCUAAUUUACAAAAGAUAAUUUUUGUAAUGAAAUGUAAAACCUUGUGUUAAGAUUCUUCAGCAGAACCUUUAAUUUUUGGACAUUUUGUCAUUUUAUGUGUGACAUCUGCAAUACAUAAAGUCAAAUUUAAUAGAUAAAAUGCUACAAGGUACAGUAGCUUUUUGGUAUUAUGUAUUUUAAAAUAUAGCUGAGGCUUCAGUAACUACGUCAUUCUCUUAGCAUGAUUACAUAUUAUUUUAUUCAUUAAUGUUUUUUUCUAGAUUAGGAUUUUAAUGAAUUGCUAGUGUAAGGUGUAUCAUAAUUGAUGUGUAAAAUAAUUAUAUCUGUUUUUUUGUAAUUUACCAUUGUGUGCUUUACAGUGUGCUUUUCAAGGAUUGUACAUGCAUUGUAUUUGCCUUGCCUGAGUGAUCUUAUAUUUUACCACUUCUGUACCUGUAUUUACAGUUUUAUUUUAAAUUUAGUAAAUAUAUUACAUAGAAAGCAUAAAAAGUAUCAAGCAAUGGAUCUGUCUGUAUCAUGAGAUAUGUUAGAAACCGUGAAAUUUCCAUCAGUUGUGUCUAAUUUGAUAGAUCAUACAAAUACAUCAGUGUAAUUUGUUAACAAAAGUGCUGGUUUAAUAUUUAAAUGUAUAGAUUCUGUAAUCAUAUUUACUUUUAAUGAUAACUUUGGUUGGCCUGGUCAGUAUAAUAAAAAAACAACUUAUUUCUUA